AGGACACCGACCAGGACAACAAACACCAGAGCCGGAGGCAGCGAGGCAGGCAGGCUGGUCCUUCAUCGUUGUAUUACGGCCAGAGGAAGGCAUUUGACUGCCAGAAUAUCGCGUUCUAGCGAAGCCUUGGCUGACACAACAGCUGAUAACCAUCUCUACCCCGCGCUGACGCGUUUGACCAAGACUGUCUACAGCCAGAGAUGGGGAAUACGCCGUCCAAUACAGGCUAUCGCACGCAAGAAGAACAGAUCACACACAUUGAUGGCGGUAGCUUGACACUCGAAUCAGGCUUGGCCAUCUACACCUCCCCGCAAGAUUGGAAGAAGUCGGUAGUGCGCGCCCUGCAGCUUGCCAGGAAGCUAGCGCCUUACUAUAAAGGUCUCGAUGAUUACGAUGAGAGUUGGUCAGACGAAAAGCUGUUGAGUGUUUUACGGAAGGCAUUGCCACCGACUGCGUAUAAUCAAGCGCUAUUGACUUCGGUGCAUGAUCCCAGUGGUGCUGGACCGAGCACGCGCUCCUUACAACCAUCGCUGACUGUAUCACCCUCACGGCCUUCGUCUUAUGUGGAAGCCAAUAAUGGUCAAUCGCCAACGACUAACCGACCACAACGGCCACGCGCAGUAACGGUUGAUUCAUCCUCAACGGUCCAUCAACUACAAAAGACACCCCGUGUGCCCUUUGGUAUACUCCUCUACAAGCACGCUGUUGAGUGUCCCAUCUGUUUCCUGUACUACCCAGUCAACAUUGCCACGACACGCUGUUGUCGUCAACCCAUCUGUACAGAGUGUUUUGUCCAGAUUCGUCGUCCCAACCCCCAUGCACCUGUCGUGCAUGCCGAUGAUCCUCAACCACCACCGGAAAACCCAGAAACAUUGAUAAUGGAAUCACCUGUAUGUCCGUACUGCAAUGUUUCUGAUUUCGGUGUGAUUUAUCCACAACCCGAUGUCCGAUACGAUCGACCUGCCUUUCAACCUUUUGCUGCAAGUGAACGCGAUGUUCCUGCUAGUGCAAGUGAGGUGGUUUUAACGGACAUGAUUCGACCUGAUUGGACGGCCAAGUUGCAGCGUGCCAAGGAUCGUGCUGCUCGACGAGCUGCUAAUGCGGCAUUGUUGACGGCUCAUCUACAGAGACAGGAGAGGAGGGCGCAAGCGGAAGCAGCUAUGCUGUUGCUUGCCGGUGCAACAAUCCGACCGGGUGAGGAAGGUGGGAGUGAGGGAAGGAGAGAGGCUCGACGGUUGAGACGGCGUGAAGUGGCUGCUAUUGAGGAUCAACAGCUUGCAGAAGCCAUUCGUCUAUCUAUGCUGGAAGAUGAAGCGCGACAACAGCGUGAACAGCAAAACAAGGGAAAGGUCGCAACGACAGGGGUGCAAGAACCUGGCGAAGCGUCUGCACCGGAUGAGAGCCGCAUUUCAGAGCGAGCCACAACAAAAGCAGUGUCUGUUGCGGAAGGCGGCUCAUCUAGUCGGCGCACAAGUGGCACACGCGUUCAGGCUGAAGUGCCAAGUGCCUCUUGUGGUGGACACUCGCUUCCAAUGCAAGAGCUAUUGUAUGCGCCACCUCCAGACAGCUUUGUGCCGGCAGGUCGAUUGCAAGAGGAGAGGGAGGAGGAGGAGAUUGUAAUGCCGGCUCGACGCUCUACGCAGGAACGUACGGAGGAGGAGGAUUUAGAGACAUUGAUGAAGGCGAUGCAAACGUCGCCGAGAAUGCAAUCGCAGUGUGCUCAUCCCGUGGAUGGAAGGCAGUGAAGGGAGGUUUCGUGGUUUACAUGACUUACUCAUGGCAAGGGCG